AUGAGCUUCAAGCAGCAGAAAACUAGACUUUUUGUUCAGAGCCAGGAGCAAUGGAUGAACUGCCUCCUGGCCCAAAGCAGUCCCAAAGUCAUUGGGCUACCUGAGGAGAUGGCCCGUCAUGGAGGACCAGGGGAUAAAGGCAGAUUCCUCAUCGAGUUCACAUGGAUGAGCUCGGACUUGCCUUCAAACUCUGAGCUACGGACAUUUGACAGAAGGGACUUUGCAACGUUUCUUCCCUCUGGACCAUGGGUCCCCCAGGGAUGGCUCUCACAGCUGCUAUGGCUCCUAGUGACCAGCAUCCCAACGGAAGCCACCCAGGAGAUUGAUUACACCCCAGUCCUCAGCAGGAAGCCUUUGGAAGGACUGAUCACCAGCUCUACAUUUACCCUGGAUCAGCCCAUUGGCCAGUUCAACAGCUCCACCAUCAGUGACACUGAUGACAUAUGGCUCGUGGUUGCCUUCAGCAAUGCUACCCAGAACUUUGUAGCCCCUCGGCUACCCAAAGACAUCCCCCAUGCUUCCACGUUCCUGGAGAAAAAAUACUACAUGACUAUUCGGGCCCACCGGGCGCUCUACUCCCGUGAGAUGAACGCCCGGGAGCUCCACAUCCUCCGGGUGGGCAAUGAGACCAACUGCACCGUGAGUGAGUGCAACAAGCCUCUGCCGGGGCCCGGUCCUUACAGGGUGAAGUUCUUGGUGAUGAAUAACAAGGGCCCAGUGACAGAAACGAAGUGGUCUGAGGACAUCACCCUGGCAAAACCGGUGGAGCUCUCUGAGUCCCGCGCCCCAGGCAAGAGUUCGGGUACCAUCAUCAUCAUAGUGAUCCUGGCCAUACUGCUUGCUCUCCUGUUUCUUGCUCUCAUGGCCCUGCUUGUCUACACUUGCUUUGACGUUUGUGGAACCAAGGAGAUCUCCGGCCCACAGGAGGCCGUUCAAGUCAAAAAAUACAACACGCACCAUGCCUAUAGCUCCUCGGACACCGGGAGAAGCUGAGGAUUCUCCAGGAGGGCAGCUCCCUCACUCCAGGACGCCUUGUUCCCUUCCCCCGCUCUGCCCCUGUCUUUGUCACCCUCUGGCUUUUCUGACCCUGGAACAGCUUCCAGUCCGUGGGAACCCCUGUGCCCCAGGACCCCUCCGUCCCCUUCCCUGUGGAGAGUCAGGAAUUCUCAUGGGGAUGGGGCCUGGUGAGCCCAGAGGGAAUCCUUAGUUCUGCCUCCCUGAACCCUCUUCAUUCUAAGGAAGGACAUGGGCUCUGAGGUCCCUUCCAGUCUUGGGACGCCUCCCUAGAAGGGAACUCAAAGGUCAUCUCAUUUUACAGGCAGGGAAACUGAGGCCCAGAGAGGGACCUUGUUCCAGGUCACUAAGACACAGAAUCAUAAGCACAAAGGAUUUUUCAAGGCCCUCUAGUCCAAACAUCUCAUUUUACAUGUGGGGAGACUGAGGUUUAGAGUAGUGCCAAGGUUCCAACUAUAGAGCUGGUAUUAUAACUCAGCUCCUCUGACCCUCCUCCCUCCCCAAUCCUGGCUCUCUCAUCUGUGGCCAUGAUGCCUUGGGCCCUGCCUUCCUCUGGGCUCCAGAUCCAUUCAACAACACACAUUCACCCCUCCUCCUCCCCCCGCAGGGAUUUGCUCCUCUCACCUGCUUGGGAUGAAUGGGCACCCCCAGCCUCAGCCCCUUCUCUUCUAACCAAAUCCAACAGCAGCCAGCGAGAACUGACCCCUGUCAGGCUGGGGACCCUUGGCCACUGCGACGGCCGAGCGGGGGUCGCUAGCUUGGGGGGCUGUUUCUGCAGGGACUCCCCCCCCAGGAGUCUCUGAGAGCCGGACUAAUCAGAAAGUUUCCUAGCCAAAGUAGGAUUUCUUGAUCAACCCCCUUUAGCAAGAUCAGCCAGCUGGGCAGGGCAGGGGCUUCCAGCCUGGGUAUGCCCUAGCCCCCUUCUCUGCUGCACCGCCCUCUGCCCCUCUGUCUUCAGGGAAGUUCCAAAUCCCUGCGGUUCUGUCAUUGGCCAAAGCAAACGCAUUUGCUUCCGAUGGCCCCAGAAAUGCUAUGGCAAAUGGCUCCCUGAGAACCGAUUUCUAUGAACCUGCCUGAGGAUCUCCAGUGAUCUGAAUCUGGGAAGGAAGAGGAGGGAGUGGGAGGGAAAAGAGGAGGAGGAAGAGGAGGAGGAGGCCCAGCCCUGGCUGACAACACAGGAUGCUAUCCAGACCUUGUGUCAUUCCCAGAAAUUCCCUUCCCUCCCAAAGAACUGCUGUGGCCUUGUUACUUCAAACCAGAUCACCCAAGAACUGGUUGGAGGAAGCUGGGGGGCUGUGCCCAAGAGGAGAAGGCUAGGGACAGGGGGCGAGGAACUUUGAGUGCUUGGCAGGGGCCCACCUAGAACUGGAACUGCUUCUGGCUGGCUCCAGAAGGAUGGAUGGGUGGGCAUUUUUACAACUUCAUUUAAUCCUGGAGGUCAGGAAAGACUUCUUCCCCAUCAAUGGGAGCUGUCCAGCAGUGGAAUGGGUGGCCCCGGAGGUGGAGAUGGAGAGGGAGGCUCCUGUACCUUGGAGGCAGAAGCUACCAAGGAUGAGAGAGAAGAUCUGGGAUUCUGGGAGGAGCUGGGAUUUGGGGGGCUGAAAUCCCGGUGAUUCUGCGGUCUCAGGGAGCUCACACCCAGGAAAAGCGGAAGGCUCCGAUCACAGGGCAGCGGAGGUCAUGGGGCAGGGCUCUCCCAGCAUUCCCGAAGGGGCAAACAAGGACUGGCCCAAGUGUUCCCUGAUGGACAAGGACUGGGAGUCUGACCCUCCACCCUCAGGAUAUGGGGAAAGAGCCCGUUUCUGAGCUCCAAGGACCUGGCUUCAGAGCUUGUUGUCCUUGUGACCUUUGUGACCUAUCACCCCACUUGACUUUGGUUUUCCAAGUCCAGCUCAGGUGCCAUCACCUCCAUGGGACCCUCUCUGCUCCCCUCCAUUGCCAGCUUAAAGCGACUCCUCCCUCGUGGCCCAUCCCUUUGUCCUUGUACCCACUUAUGUACUUGCCCCAUCCCUUUGAGUAAAUAUACGCCCUUGAGGUUCACCGUGUCAUUGUUUAGCUCUGGACGCCUCCGGAGCCGGAGUCGGGGUCUCACAUGUAGUUUAUUAAACCAAGCCGGACUGAGGCAAGCACAGAGUCUGAUCCACUUAUUUACAAAUGAGGAAACUGGAGGGACAGAGGGGAAGUCACUGGCCAGGGUCACGUCGCUGGGAAGGGCCCAGAGGGACCCUUCAAACUGCUCUUCUUGACUCUAUGGCCGGUGCUCGUGCGCUCUACUGGCACCUCAGACACAUGUGACCCUGGGCUGGUGACGGAGACUCUCCGUUCAGCUCCUCCUGGGUAGGAUAAGGUAGGGGGAGAGCUGGACUGGAAAACCCCUGAGGUCCACGGGAUCCUAGGAAUGGAGAGCGUCCAGGAGAAUAAAUGGACCCGGGGGAGGCUGAGGGGGUCCCCUUGGCCAGAGGAUUGACCUCCUGCCAUGUGUCCAAUCCUUAGUGCUGGGGGAUGGAGCGGGAGACACGGACCUUGCCCUCCUUGAGAGGCUUAGAAUCCACAGGGAAAACGGGACAUAGACCCACGAAAAGUGAGCCAGUAGGACCCUGCAGAGCAGCAGGAGGAGUAUCAGCUCUGGUCGCAAAAGGAUCUGGGUUCAAAUCUUACCGCCGAUAUUACGCACUGUGGGAUCACUCAGUGCAGGCCAUUUGCCUCUCUGAGCUUCAGGUUCUUCAUUUAGAAAACGCAGAAGUUGGACUUGAUGAUUUAAGGUCCUUCCAGCUCUAAAGUGACCGUGCCAUGACUCCUGACACCCCCAGGGAGAAGGCUUGGGACUUGGGGCAGCUGGCUUACCCCAGACUAGACUCUGGAUAGAAAGUGGGCCAAGUGAGCCCCGGGGAGGGGGGUAUCGAGUCGGCCCCCCCGCCUCUGGGAGGCCGAAGGACGCCUUUGUCCGUCCCACAGAAGGCCCGGCUCGGCCCUUGCACAAUCCUUGUUCAUUUUCCCAAGAAGACAGGAGCCGCCGUCUCUUUUCAGCUGGAAGACCCAGAGCCAGAGACACAUCCGCCGUGCUGAGCCAGGGGAAUAAAGGGCGACCCCAGAGGCUCCUGGCCAGCCUCGUGUGGUGCUUCCUUUCCCUCCUCGC